UGUUUGGAUUUUUCUCAGAACUAAAUUUCUGUCUGACAAAUAGUCAUUGUUACAAAGCAUGUCUGUGGAAAGGAAGGGGAGGGAGAAUUCUUUAGAUUCAUACUUGUGGCUUGCAUUAAAUAAGGAGAAAUGGAAGGAUCUGCUAAAUACUUGGAACUGCUUCACAGGGCAGAAGAUUACUUCCAACAGUCUGUUACCAAGCCAGAAAGCUCUUUUGAAGUGAGCCCAGGUGAUGAAAUCUUGACAGUGCUACAGAGAACAACUGUUGAUUUGAAGGAAUUUGAGAGAGAAGCAGCUUGUGUUCCUCCAGAGGAUGAUGACAGUUGGCUGGAGAUUACAGCAGGUGAUCUAGAUCAGAUGCUGAAGGAGGCAAGGAAUGAGUCCCUUCCUUCCUCAAAUGGGGAAGAGCAGAAAUACGACUUGGAAGCAGUUGCUGAAAGGGCAGAUUCAGAAGAGCUGGAUUCUGAUGAUCUGGAUGAAGAGGAAGAGUUUGAUUUCUCGAGUGAGGGUGAUGAAGACUUAGAUGUGGAAGAUCAAAGGCAAGACCAGAAGGUGCCACCUAAUGAGCUUAUAGGCAGUCUCAAGUCAUACAUGAGUGAGAUGGACAGUGAACUGGCGCAUAACAACGUUGGUAAAAGUUUCACCAUCCAAAAGAAAGGGGUAAGUAUGCCUCGAGUUCUAGUUUGUAGCAUAAAGUGUUGAGAGCUUUAGUAGGAAAGAGGAAGUAGACUAAAAGUGAUCAUUCCGAGUAAUGUAAUCAAAAACUUGUGUCUUCUAAUCAUGUGCUAACUGCCGGGCACGGCGAGCCGAGGACCAAAGACACGGCCUCUGGGAGGCCACAAGUCUUUGGCCUCUGCCAGAGCCACUUGGCCGCCCUGUGAGCACAGCCCUGAGGCUCGCCAGGCCCGUCCUGCCCCAGCUGGAGCUGGGUGGCCUCAGGGGAUGUUCAGCCCUCCUCUCCCCUCAGCCCUCCUCUCCCCACCAGCCCCAGUUUUUCCCCUGGGCUUUCCCCCCUCUCUUCAGUGAGCACUGAAGCAGUCUAGAGGCCCAGGGCAUGCCCUCCUCUUUCUGCCACUUUUAGCAGCUGACACUGCUCUCUGCGCUAGGCAAAAGGCACCAAUGACCAUUUCCUAACCAAGACAAAAAUGCAGACUCUAACAAGCCCCACGAGUCUGCAGAGCCCCACGAAGAAACAGUGAGGAAGGAGCCACUUCCUAUCGGCACCCCGUGGGUGGCUAAAACACUUGUCAUGCAGGUGGUGGGCAAAUAAGAAUAUGAAUACAGCUACGGAAAGAAAGAAGAAAAUUCAUUAAAGAGAAACAUGCUGAGCACACUGACCGUGUAAAGGAGAAAACCAAACCGAUGCCGUUAUUCAGAACUGCACACUACAAUACCAGUGUGUAUUUAAGAGCUUCUGAAAAGUUAAUACUCCUUCUAAAAUACUGACUAAAUGGUAGAUGAUUUUUCACAAAGAUUGUUUUGCAGCUAAGGGUCACAUUCCUUAUCUCAAAAUCUAUACUCAGUUCUGGAUGGGACUCAAUGAGAAUUGAUCCGGAAUGCUGAAAUUGUGAGCCAAGCCAGGGACAUCACUAACACAGGAGAGCAAGUCUCCUACCCAGCUAACAGCUCCCACUAAAUCCCUUCUGGGCUCUCCAGUUUUAAAGACAUACAGGAAACAUUAUUAAACUAUGCUGCAGGGGGGGCUGGCAGCCACUUCUGUAGCAAGGAUGCUGAAGACAUUUGAUUUGCAGGAGGUUCAUGUAAACUCAAGGACUUCGAAUAGCAGGUAGUAUCACGGACACCAAACUGCACCGGGACCCAGCUGGCUGUAGUUAAAUACCAUUCCUCCCAAGCAGCACCUCCUCGCCACUGACCAGGAGUUGGACUCACACUGGAAACACUGUUGGCCUGUGGGCUGCUGACUUCUGAGCUGAAGUGCACGCCCCCCAGCACCACAGGGAAGAGAAAGGCCCUCCGUCUUCAUCUCCUUGCUAUUCCAUAAAGCCUAUCGGUGGGAAGAGUGGCAACAGCCCAACUGUCCAGGCGUUUAGAAGAGUUUAAGAAGUUAAAGGUCUCUGCUGUCCCCUGGGAUUAGAGAAGAUAUGUCGGAAAAUUGGAUAGGCAAAAUUAUCAGUGGAAUGGGAUUGAGUCUGAGUUCAUGAAUAAAGUCACCAAUUGAAACUUU